UUCCCUGACUGUCCUCCUCAUCCUCCUCCGCCGCCGCCGUCCCCCCGUCCGAUUCCGAUGCACUUUACGCCCGAUGGAACAUUAACGUUGCGGGCCCGCUUCACAUUUCACACCGACCCGGAGAGUGGAGCCUCCCCCCGAUUUCUCUGCCGAACAAUCUGGAAUUAUCGCGCGGGGGGUCGGCGGGCAGAGUUCCCAACCGCUACUCGGAAAUGGUCCCGCGGAUGGACGGCGCAUCGGACUAACCUGGGUUUCAGAUGAGUUUUGGACGGGAUACGAUGGUACCGCUGCAAAAAAGGGAUCAAUUUGACAACUUGGAGAAGCACACGCAGUGGGGGAUCGAGUUUCUGGAGAGGUACAGCAAAUUCGUCAAGGAGAGGUCUGAGAUCGAAACCAACUAUGCAAAACAAAUCAGAAAUCUGUCGAAGAAAUACCAACCCAAGAAGAACUCGCGGGAAGAGGAGGAGAGCAAGUACACGUUGUGCCGGGCCUUCCUGACCACGCUCAACGAGCUGAACGACUACGCCGGGCAACACGAGGUGAUUGCCGAGAACCUGACGUCGCAGAUCAUCGCCGAGCUCUCGCGCUACCUGCAGGAUCUCAAAACCGAGAGGAAGUCGCACUUCCACGAUGGCCGCAAAGCACAGCAGCACAUCGAGAGCUCGUGGAAACAGCUGGAGUCGUGUAAAAGGAAGUUUGAGCGGGACUGCAAAGAGGCCGACAAAGCACAGCAGUACUUCGACAAGAUGGACGCCGACAUCAACGUGACAAAGGCUGACGUAGAAAAGGCUCGGCAGCAAGCUCACGCCAGGCAACAGAUGGCGGCCGACAGCAAGAACGAUUACUCGUCCUACCUGCACAAGUUCAACCAGGAGCAGAACGAGCACUAUUACACUGUAAUACCAAACAUCUUCCAGAGACUCCAAGACAUGGAGGAGAAGCGCAUCGAGAGGUUAGGAGCGUGCAUGAAGACGUUCGCCGACGUGGACCGGCAGGUCAUCCCCAUCGUGGGAAAGUGUCUGGACGGCAUGACCAAGGCGGCCGAGUCCAUCGAGGCCAAGACGGACUCCAAGCAGGUGGUGGAGUCGUACAAGUCGGGCUUCGAGCCCCCGGGCGACGUGGAGUUUGAGGACUACGGGCAGGCCAUGAAGAGGGCGGUGUCGGAAACCAGCCUGGGCAACUCGCGGGUGGAGGUCCGCGAGAGGCCCGGCGGCAAGUGCAAGGGCAAACUGUGGCCCUUCACCAGGAGCAAAAACAAGUUUAUGUCCCUGUUAACGUCCCCCCGCCAGCCCCCGCCCGCCCCCCCGGCCUCGUCCCCGCCCUCACCCUCUGCUGUUCCCAACGACUCCCAGUCUCCCAAGCAGCCCAAGGAGCCUCUCUCGCAUCGCCUCAACGACUUCAUGGCCUCCAAGCCCAAAAUGCAUUGCCUGCGGAGCCUGAGGCGAGGGCUUUCUCUGAAGCUGGGUUCUGGACCCGAGGACUUCAGCCACCUACCGCCGGAACAGCGACGGAAGAAGCUGCAGGGCAAGCUGGACGAUCUCAACAAAGACAUCCAAAAAGAGACGGACCAGAGGGACGCGCUCACCAAGAUGAAAGACGUUUACGUGAAGAACCCGCAAAUGGGCGACCCCGCCAGCGUGGACCCCCGGCUAGCGGAGCGCCAGAACAUCGAGAAGCUGCAGUUCGAAGUGCAGAAAUUCGAGGGCUGGCUGGCCGAGGCGGAGGAGAGGAUGCCGUGCAAGAGCGACACGCAGCGGCGGAGCGGACUCUACGAGAGCCACGGCGGCACCGCGGUCAACAACAACUGCGCCCAGGACCGAGAGAGCCCGGACGGCAGCUACACGGAGGAGCAGAAUUCGGAGAUUCACGUCAAGGCCGCCGACGCCAAGCCCCCCGCGGCCGGCACGCCCGAGUUCGACGACGAGUUCGACGACGAGGAGGCGCUGCCCACCAUCGGCAACUGCAAGGCCCUCUACCCUUUUGACGGCCACAACGAGGGCACCAUCUCGGUGGCCGAGGGCGAGCUGCUCUACGUCAUCGAGGAGGACAAAGGCGACGGCUGGACGCGGGUGCGGCGCAACCAGGACGAGGAGGGCUACGUGCCCACGUCCUACGUGGAGGUCUUCCUGGGGACCGACGCCAAAGGUGCAAUGACCUACAUCUGAGUCCCGUUCGAAUCCCCCCAACCCCGCCCACCGCCGCAGCGUUCCUCCGUCGUGCCUCCGAGCAACACACCGCACGCCAAAUGAAUGUAAACGUGUAGCUGUAUCCAAUUGGAACGCAUGCCAAAUGUGACCUGCUGUACAAGUCUUUCAUUCAAUUAUCAAUAUCAUAGUACAUAUCAGAAAAGUUAUUUUUCUAGCCUCCGAUGACAUUCAGUAUAUCCUUACGCAUGCUGUGCGCUUCUCAUUCGAGAGCUGUAAUUCAUAUUUUAGCCCGUUCGAUAAUGAUAGCUUUCAAAUGAGUCCAGAGUUGGUUUAGCAGCAAAUGCGAACUUUCGUAGAUACAUAUGUGACGUUACAAAAAUAUUAUGGCGCCGUAGGGACCUUAAAAGUUUGUAAAGCGGUACCUCGACGCAAGAAUUUCAUUGGUUCCGUGAUCACGUUCGGAUGUCAAAUAGUUUUUUUUCUACAUUGAAGUGAUCGGAAAUGCCAUUGAUGUAUUCCAAAGAACACCAAAAAAAGAUUUUUUUUUUUUUUUUUUUAAUAAGAAAGGUAGCACUCCGCGCCAUAGCACGCCUUGGCCAUUAGGGGGCAGUAUAAUGCAGACUUACAGCUGCAGUAGCAUCGAUCGUUUCUGCAGAGGAUCAAGAAUAUAUGCGUGUGACUACUGUGUGCUUGUGGGUUUGCAAGGUUUAGAACUGCCAGAAAAUAGAGACGCUAUCGUCGUUAGCCCGUCUAUGACGCUUUGCUUUGUGCGUUCACGUGAAGCUAGCGACGCUCGCUAAGACAAAAGUUCACGUGGUUUGGUGAAAUACACAUUUUGGCGGGUUAAUGAUAAUGUUGAGUCACAGGAAGUCCCACUUUUGAAAAAUUGUUGAGCGUCAUAGCUAGCAUAGCUCUUCACGCCAAAUUUUUCUUCACGCCACUCGAAAUACUUGUGAGUUGAGGUACCGCUGCGACAUGGACAUGUCACAUUAUAAUAAAAAAAAAAAUGACACCAAAAGUAUACAGCCUGUAAUAAUGAUAAUUUAAUUUCAAUCUACUCAGAAAUACGAAUAUUAGACUUUUUAGUUGAAUACUUUGAACACAGUUAUGAUGUCAACUGGUGGAUGCACAAGUUGAUUGUCGCUUCUGCCCUCUAGUGGACAAGAAUUUAAUUGCCCUGCCUCUCACUCUCCGUCACUGGCGUAGAAAGAUGAACAAAGAUCUUUUUUUUUUUUUUUGUCCGUAAAUAAUCGUUUUUUGGACCGUUGAAGUGAAAUUGGACGAUUUCCCACAAAAUCCCGAGCGGCGUUCGCUCCCCCAGGGCAAACAAAUAUUCCUCUUUUGGACGAGUCGCAGUCUUUUUCUCACAUUUUCUCCUUUUUUUUUCCUCACGGCCAUCAAACUUUUGUUUUCUUUCACUUGUUAUGUUUGCUAUAAAUUUUAAAAAAUGAUCAAAACCUCGAGGCGGCAAAGUACACAACAGACAAAUUGUGUGAAUUGUGCAAUUUUUUUUUGUCGAUUAAAAAAAAAAAUAGUAAUAACAUGUAACAACAUUAUUGUUUAUUUAUUAUUAUUAUUAGUAGUAGUAACAACAUUAAUACAUCAGUAUUAUUAAGAUGUUUUUGAAACUCUGACAUGACAGAAUUAUAUAGGUCAUCUUAAUGUUGAAAGAGAAAAAUGAAGAAUCUGAAAUUGCAAUAAGAAGAGUAUUUUUCUGAAAGACAGAAUAUUACAAGAAUAAAGUUACACAAAUAGAAUUUUAAAAUGCUUAUGAUGCCCCACCAAAAAAAAUCUCCCAUUAACUUCGUUAAUAUUAUGAAAAUGCGAUUUUUUUGUAAAAUUCAUAAUUUUACAAUGUGUAAAUCAUUGUUUAUAAAAGUGUCAUAUCAUUACAAGGAAUUUUUCUUUCUAAAAAUUGAAAAUUUCUUAGUGUUGGGAGAAUUUGGUCUUUUUUUAAAACAUGAAAAGAACAAACUCAUCUGAGAUUAAAGUCAUAUUUGGAGAUUGUUUAUUUUUAAUGUAUAAAAUAAGUAAACA